GAGCAUUCAGUCGUUGAGUUAUUUUGGACGCUGCCACAUCUCACGCGGAUUCGAAGUUGUUCCCCAAUAACGUAUACGUACGGAAAAUAAUUUAAACGUAACCGUAAACUAAAAGAAUGGCCUGUGAGAAAGGAUACAGUUCAGAAGAGAUUUUCUCCCUGGAGGACAAGUAUGGAUGCCAUAAUUACGCCCCCGUGCCAGUUGCUUUAUGCCGCGGCGAAGGUGUGUUUGUUUGGGACGUGGAAGGAAAAAAGUAUUAUGAUUUCCUAAGCGCGUAUUCUGCCGUGAAUCAAGGACACUGUCACCGAAGAAUCGUGGAAGCACUAAAAAAACAGGCAGAAAAGCUCACACUUGUCUCUAGAGCAUUCUAUUCUGAUCAACUUGGCAAAUACGAGAAGUUUAUGACAGAGUUAUUUGGAUAUGAACGUUUGCUACCAAUGAAUACUGGGGUGGAGGGUGGUGAAAGUGCGUGCAAAAUUGCGCGCAAGUGGGGCUACGAGGUCAAGAAGAUACCAGAGGGGCAGGCCAAGAUUAUUUUCGCCGAGGGUAAUUUUUGGGGCCGCACGCUGUCUGCAGUAUCUUCAUCGUCAGACCCAUCCUGUUAUCGCGGCUUCGGACCUUAUAUGCCCGGAUUUAAACUUAUUCCUUAUAACAACAUUCCAGCUUUAGAGAAAGAAUUACAAGAUCCCACAAUAGCAGCAUUCAUGGUGGAGCCCAUCCAAGGGGAGGCAGGGGUUAUAAUUCCUGAUGCAGGAUACCUGAGAAAAGUGCGAGAGUUGUGCACAAAGUACAAUGUUCUCUGGAUCGCUGAUGAAGUUCAGACUGGUCUAGGUCGCACAGGCAAAUUAUUGGCAGUGGAACAUGAGGGAGUCAGGCCCGACAUCGUGAUCCUAGGGAAAGCGCUCAGUGGUGGCACGAUACCGGUGUCAGCCGUUCUAACUGACAGCAGCGUUAUGAAUGUAAUCAAGCCAGGAACGCAUGGGUCGACGUACGGAGGCAAUCCCUUAGCAUGUGCUGUAGCUAUAGAGGCUAUUAAGGUAUUACUGGAAGAGAAGUUAGUUGAGAAGGCUGCCGCCUUGGAAAAAGUAUUCCUUGAGGAACUACAGAAAAUACCAAAGAAGUACAUCAGCACUAUCCGUGGGCGGGGGUUGAUGUUUGCCAUCGAUGUAGCGGAAGGCGUGUCAGCGUAUGAGGUGUGCCUACGGCUGCGUGAUGCUGGUCUCCUUACAAAGACCACCCACGGGCAGACCAUCCGACUGGCGCCGCCUCUCGUCAUCACCGAGCAGCAGAUCCGCCACGGGGCCGCCCUCAUCCGCGAGGUCUUCGAGAGUUUCAACAAAUAAAUCAUUCCCAUAUCUCUUACUAUAAGUCUUCAAAGUUUUUUUUAUUGCCAUUUUCGGUGACGGGCGAUCGGAGUAGUUAAUACUCUCCGCUAUUAAGCAGGGCCGGUAUCAAACAUUAUAUAACGUGAUAUUCGCUGUGAUUACCUUUAUAUAUUUAUAUUUUUACAUGAUUAUUUUUUUCUUUCUAUUUUUAUAUUUGUAGCUUUCAGCAAACGAUAUAUAUUGAAAACAUCCCGUUAUUUUGGGCAUAAUUGUAAAUAUGUGAUUUUUUAAAUAUAUUGUAAUAUAUAGUCAAAACACUUAAUAACCCAUAAUUGUCCGCUUUUUC